UACCCUGCUCAGAAUAUCUGACUCCAGUUUCUCAAGGUUACAGGCUUGUGAAGUACACAGCAAAGGCUCCUUUUCUUUCAUUGCUUCCAGAGCAGCCCUCCUCCAAAUUCAAACCGGUUUUGGAUUGGAAGAUCAAUGGUGGUAAAUAUCCAUCUAGAGGUGACCAGCGGUGACGUAAAACAAUUCUAAGUGCCGUUAUGACAGGCAGUAUUCCCCAAGACAGAUAUAAGUCUGUUUGGCUCAUCUUUUUCAUACUUGGUCUCGGGACGCUCUUGCCAUGGAAUUUUUUCAUGACAGCUUCAGAGUACUUUAUCGACCGCCUGAAAGAUUUUCACAGCAACACAUCAUCAUUGGAUUCCCAUGACAAUGUGAAUGUCACAGGAAAAGAGGACUAUUACAAUCAUGCUAACUUGACUGGCACAGGGAAGAAGGAACCUCCAUCAUACUUGCAGUCCAUAUUUAACAAUGUGAUGACAUUGUGUGCCAUGUUGCCUCUACUCAUCUUCACCUGCCUUAACUCUUUAAUCCACCAGAGGAUCCCUCAGCGAAUACGGAUUGGAUUUAGUUUGGUUGCCAUCUUCUUGGUCUUCAUGGUAACAGCGAUCGUAGUCAAGGUCCCAAUGGAGCCUUUGACUUUUUUCAUCGUUACUAUGGUCAAGAUAGUCCUAAUCAAUUCUUUUGGGGCCAUUCUCCAAGGCAGCCUUUUUGGAUUGGCAGGGCUCCUUCCCGCCAGUUACACGGCUCCUAUUAUGAGCGGUCAGGGCCUUGCAGGGACAUUCGCAGCAGUAGCUAUGAUCUGCGCUAUUGCCACUGGUUCCGAACUAAAAGAAAGUGCCUUUGGUUACUUCAUCACUGCCUGUGCUGUGAUCAUAAUAGCUAUUGGCUCCUAUAUCAUGUUGCCUCGUCUGGAUUUUUUCUGCUUUUAUUCAAUGAAGAAUAAGAGAGAAUAUGCAACUUCUGCGACUCAGGCUGAAAUGGAAACAAAAGUUGUUUUCAUCAAGAAAGAUGUGGUUAAUGGUGUUGAACGAAACCACUCUGGGAAUGGAGAGUCCCUUGCCUCCAGCCACAGAUCUUCAGUCCUUGACAUCUUCAAAAAGAUAUGGGUUAUGGCUGCUUCUGUAUGCUUAGUUUUUACUGUUACAAUUGGAGUCUUCCCAUCUGUCACUGUUGAAGUAAAGCCAACUAUUGGAAAAGAUACACCUUGGGUUCUCUACUUCAGCCCAGUUGCAUGUUUCCUGAUGUUUAACAUCUUUGACUGGGCAGGAAGGAGCCUCACAGCUGUCUGUGUUUGGCCUGGGAAAGAGAGCCGCCUGCUACCCUUCCUGGUGAUUAUCCGUCUGAUUUUCAUUCCCCUCUUCAUGCUGUGUAACGUGGAGCCCCGCCGUAACCUGCCUGUCAUCUUUGCUCAUGAUGCCUGGUUCCUCGCCUUCAUGCUGUUGUUCUCCAUCUCCAAUGGCUACUUGGCCAGCCUCUGCAUGUGCUUUGGACCCAAGAAGGUGCUGUCUCAUGAAGCGGAAACUGCCGGAGCCAUCAUGGCCUUCUUUCUCUCCUUGGGUCUGGCUUUAGGAGCCAUCCUAUCUUUUCCACUCAGAGCCGCAAUCUAAUGAAGAUACCAUGGGGCAUCUCUGGGCAGAAGAGCAGUAGUAGACUUAUAUUACCAUGGAGCAUUUCUUGGCUGGCUCCUGGGAACUUGUUGCCUUAAUACCUCUUGGCUUGGAAGAGGGCUUCUCUCUUACUGGCCAAAUGGCCUGGCUUCUCCUUGGGUAUAAGACCUCCCCUUUCACACACAUACACACGCACACACCCUUUACCUGUCCCAGCUGUGAAUUAUUUACAUUGUCUCAAUGUGUUGUGCCCUGCUUUACUAUCUGUGGCAAAAGAGAAUUGUUCCCAGUCCACCUUCCAGCUUUUCAGUUGCUCCUGUGAAUUUAUUGAAUGUGCUCACAAUUCAUUAGUGUCUGCUCUACCCACGAGAGGCAGCAGCACCAAGUUGCUGCACCCCCAAAAUGUUCUUCACUCAAUGGCUCCAUGGAAAAGGAGCCCUCUUCUUCAGCUGCGUGUUCAAGCUUAUAAGAUCCGUGGUUUGUGGACAUUCAGAAUUAUGCAAGAACCUCAACAGCUAUUACUUGGAGACGGGUGAUAGAAAGUAGACCUUGGCUCUAUUUCCACACUUUUAAGUAGUUUGGACAACAACAACUUCGGGGCCAUGAAGUACUGGUUAUUUUGAAAAUUGUAUUUUGUAUACAAACUCAGUACGCCCUUUCUUCCGAAGGCUCAUCUUUUCUCUUUUCCAAGAUUUUGCAUGAUCUGGCUCUAGGGAGCAGGAAUAAAUGAGCUCAUGAACUCUUCAGCAUAGUGCAAAUGAUACAAACGGAUCAUUCCCAAACCCGGCUGUUCAGAGCCCCUGCAGUUUUCUGUGCUUCUUCAUGAAUUUAUGAAACUCAGGAUUUGCGUAUUUGAACUCUUGUUUAAAAAUGGCAAUUUUUUUCUAAGAGAACGGCUGUCACAAAUAAAAAAUAAGGGUGGGGUUUUUUGUAAAGUUUGAAGCUAACAUUGCCUUGUAUUUAAAUUAUCUAGUAUUGUUAAUUAUAGAAGUCUAUUUCAUGUGGGAAUACAACAAAGGCCAAUCAUAUUAGAAAGUAGUGAUUUUCAACAUCCUAAAAUCAGUUGCCUGGCCUUAAUAUGGUACAGUAUUGUGGUAGGUCUUUUUUGUCUGUGUGAAGGAAAAAUGGAACUAGAGCGCCAUCUAUUGGUCAACCUUUAUAUAUUGCCAUCUGUGGGUCAUAAUGAUACAGAUAGUCUCAAUCUAGGAAUGUUAGUUUAACAAUGACUUGAAGUUAUGGUGGCCUUGGAAAAAGUGACUGAUGACUGGUCCGCAAAAAUAGGACUAUUGCACAUGCACACACACACCCCUGCAGUCACAAUUCAAGCAAUUGGCAACUGGCUUGCAUUUAUGACAGUUGCAGUGUCUUGCAAUUAUGUAAUCUUCCCAGCUAGCUUGUAACAAGCAAAGUCAAUUGAGAAAUCCAAAUUUGUUUAAAGACCAUGUGGGUCACUCAACAACUACAUAAAAAGAGUCAUAAAGUUAAGUCCGACCACAUGACUCACUUAAGGACUGCAUUGCUUAGCAACCAAAAUUCAGGCUCUGAUUGUUGUUGUAAGUCAAGGAUUAUCUGCAUAUUAACAGUAUAUAUUUAAGAAAGCCAAAAUACAUCAGGCCUUUUUUAAGGCAUUUAAAUUGUGUGAUGUCCCCAAAUAGCAAGGUGUAGAAUGCUCCUUCUUUAUUUGUUGUUCAGUGGUUUAAAUUAAGACAGCAGUUUUAUUAUUGGGUUCUGAAGUAUUUACAGCUCAGCAGAAAGUGGGAAAUUUCAAAUAAAGUGCAGAAUAUUUCUGAUAGGCUCACAGUCACCUUUUCUAAACAUGACACUAAAAGUGUAGAAUGACAUCAGUUGUUGGAAUCAUGGAUCUUUUCCAUUUCUUAAAUGUUGGAACAUUUAAUUUAUAUAACUAGUUUGUCAAACAUGUACAAGAUAACAGGUAUAAAUAUAAACAUGAGCAUG